GAGGCAGUAAGUGCAGCUUGGAAACAUCUUUGACUAAAAGCAGAAAGAGAAACUUUUUUUAAUGCCAGUCUGCUGCUGACUUUAUUAAUCUGUUCCAACCAAAAUGAGUGUGCAGACAGAACUCUGUUGCACUGUCAUCCUGUUGGUACUGUCAAAGCUGGUGCCCGCCCAGUACGAGCUGCAUGGCUACCCGCCGGGCUACCCUGACCCAGAGCAGGAACAGUACACCCCCCCAGUGCUGGACCCAGACACCCCCAGGAUUCAACUCCGGUUGGCAGGAGACAAGAGAAAGCACAAUGAGGGCCGAGUGGAGGUAUACUACAACGGAGAGUGGGGGACGGUGUGCGAUGAUGACUUCAACAUCCACGCUGCCCAGGUGGUGUGCAGGGAGCUGGGCUAUGUGGAAGCUGUCUCAUGGUCGCCAUCAUCAAAAUAUGGAAAAGGAGAAGGAACCAUCUGGUUUGACAAUCUCCAAUGUACUGGCACAGAAAAGACCUUGGCACUGUGCCGUUCUAAUGGGAUUGGAGUGUCUGACUGCAAACACACUGAAGACGUGGGUGUGGUCUGCAGCGACAGGAGGAUCCCUGGCUUCAAAUUUGUGAACUUGCUUCCCAACCACGUGGAGAACCUUGACAUUCGUGUGGAGGACGUCCGUAUACGAGCCAUCCUUUCUUCAUACCGCAAGCGGAUCCCUGUGACUGAAGGUUAUGUAGAGGUGAAGGAUGGUGGCAAGUGGAAGCAGAUCUGUGACACAGAGUGGACCCAGUUCAAUAGCAGAGUCAUCUGCGGCAUGUUUGGCUUCCCCGGGGAAAAGCGCUACAACGCCAGAGUUUACAAGAUGUUUGCUCGCAGGAGGAAACCAACCUACUGGGACUUCUCUGUCAACUGCACUGGUACUGAAGCUCAUUUGUCCAGCUGUAGACUGGGACAUGCUAACUCCAGUGACACCUGCACUGAGGGGUUGCCUGUGGUGGUGAGCUGUGUGCCCGGCAGAGCCUUUGCCCCAACGCCUAUGACAGGAUACAGGAAGGCCUUCAGACAAGAGCAACCUUUGGUUCGCCUCCGUGGCGGGGCCAUUGUAGGUGAGGGCCGAGUGGAGGUGCUGAAAAAUGGAGAGUGGGGUACCAUCUGCGACGAUAAAUGGAAUUUGCUCGCUGCCACUGUGGUGUGUCGCGAGCUUGGCUUCGGCACCGCAAAGGAGGCUCUGUCUGGAGGUCGUCUAGGACAAGGAAUGGGCCCGGUGCACAUGAAUGAGGUGCAAUGCUCUGGAUUUGAGAAGUCCAUAACUGAGUGUUUGUUCAACGGGGAGAUUCUGGGUUGCAGCCACGAGGAGGACGCGGCUGUCAGAUGUAAUGUUCCUGCUAUGGGGUUCCAGCAGAGGUUGCGUCUGAGUGGAGGUCGUAACCCCUAUGAAGGCCGUGUGGAGGUACUGAUGGAGAGAAACGACUCUCUGGUGUGGGGGACGGUAUGCAGUGAGGGGUGGGGAAUCAUGGAAGCCAUGGUGGUCUGCCGACAGCUGGGCUUAGGAUUUGCCAGCAAUGCUUUCCAGGAGACAUGGUAUUGGCCGGGUGAAGUGAGUGCAGACCAAGUGGUGAUGAGUGGCGUCCGCUGCUCGGGAACUGAGAUGUCUCUGUCCCACUGUCUUCACCACGGCGAGCACCUCAGCUGUCCCCGAGGAGGAGGACGCAAAGCUGCUGGAGUCUCCUGCUCUGAGACGGCUCCUGACCUGGUGCUUAACCCUCAGGUAGUGGAGCAGACCACCUACAUGGAAGACCGACCCAUGUUCAUGCUGCAGUGUGCAUACGAGGAGAACUGUCUGUCCUCCACCUCAGGCCAAGUGCCCGCCAACACGUACCGCCGCCUGCUGCGCUUCUCCUCCCAAAUCCACAACAACGGCCAGUCCGACUUCCGACCCAAAGCAGGGAGGCACGAGUGGGUUUGGCACGAAUGUCACAGGCAUUAUCAUAGCAUGGAGGUGUUCACUACUUAUGACCUGUUCACUCUGAACGGAUCCAAGGUGGCAGAAGGACACAAAGCCAGUUUCUGUCUGGAGGACUCCGAGUGUGAUGAAGGCAUUGAAAAGAAGUAUGAAUGUGCUAACUUUGGGGAGCAGGGCAUCACCGUAGGCUGCUGGGAUACCUACAGGCAUGACAUUGAUUGCCAGUGGAUCGACAUCACUGAUAUCAAGCCUGGAGAUUACCUUUUCCAGAUUGUAAUAAAUCCAAACUAUGAAGUACCAGAAACGGACUAUACCAACAACAUAACAAAAUGCAGAUGUCGAUAUGACGGCCAUCGGAUCUGGAUGUACAACUGUCACAAUGGCGGCUCGCUGAGCGCGGAGCUGGAGCAGACGUUUCCAGGCCUCCUCAACAACCAGGUGACCCACCGGUAGAGACCAGGAAGAUGAGUGCAGGUGAGCCGGUCCCUCAAAACGGAUGGAUGGUGGAAGUUGACUAACCACUUCACAGUCUAUCUGUGCCGGAUCUUUCUGUCAGCUCAGCAAUGACUGCACAGCCUCUGUUAUCACCCCCAAACAGCCACCAUCACCACCCCAGGACAGAAAGAACCUUUGCCUCCAAAUGUAUCCACUCUGAAGGAGGUAGAACUUCCCUGGGGAGAAUCAAAGGAACAAUGAAGCUCAGCACAAGACACGGGACUCACGUUUUCUUAAGUGUUGAUCAACCUGCAGGUUAGUGUCAGCUGCUCUGCAGCACCACCAAGCCUCAAAGGAAAUGCAGGACUUUAAAACGAACCACUGCAGUGUUCUGUGUGGGCUAUUUUUUUGUUUUUGUUUCUUUUUCUAAAAAAAUCCGGACCCCUCUGCUAGACUGCCUGAAAGCUGAGAGGAAUCUGUCAGCAGCAGCAGUCGGGGUGGGAAAAUACAGACAGUGUUUCUUCUUCUAUUUAUCAAAGUCGUUUAGUGCAUUUUCCAAUCUUAGAUCCUUUUAAAACAAUGACAGAAAUUCAGAUUAAAAGCUGAUACAGUUCAUGCCCAUGAAAGAAGCAUUCCCACCAAUCACGAGCAAACUUUUCUCUGUCUGAUGGAAGAAUGACCUUUUCCAGCUGAUGAAGAGUCGUGUUCUGAGCAUGUACUCUGAUCUGCUCUGCAGAUGAACUGAACUGCCUAUUUUCACAUUUCAAACACACCAUCAUCUUCAUGAGGAAGUGCGUCCUACACUGUUUUACAGAUCACCUUGCUUAAUCUAGCCACUGAAAAGUGGAGUUGUACUGCUCUCUAGUGGUUUAUCUAUGUUUUUCAUCUUGAAUCAGCUCAGGAUUAGCUUGAUUUCUUUUGUUACAGCAAGAGAUUUAAAAAUUUAGGAAAAUCACAAAAAUGUGAAAAUAUUCCAAAAACUUUUUUGUUAAAGGAUUACAUGAAAUCUUUCCACUUUUAUCCACCUUUGUCAUGGUAGGGAGAACACGUCAAUGCAAGGGGGGGGGGGGGGGGGGGUCAUCUAAGAUAGCACAAGGGUUAAGACGUUUUGCUGCUCAGCUGAGUAGCUUCUGAAGAAGCUAUUGAAGAACCCUGCUGGUUGACCUACUCAUAUAAUUCUCACAAAUGUAUUUAGAAUAAGUUUUUCAAAAUGCAUCUCACAAAAAAUGGCAUAACUGAUAGUGUUUUCUUGACUCCCAUAGAUCAUGUCAAUACAGAAUGAGCAUAUCAAAUUUAGAUGCACCAAAUCAUCUCUUGUGAUUAAACUUUUUUUUUUUUUAACAUAGUCACUGCCUAAAAAUAGAAUUUCCAGUUGAAAGCAACAAAAGCAUUUAUAAUUCACUAUUUGGAUUACCUUUGAGUCAUCAAUAAACAUGGCAGAUAUUGUUCUCAAUGUUGCUAAUCAGCAAGAAUGUGGUUAUGGUUAUGGUUAUGGUUAUCCAUGUGGAUAGAAGGCUGUAUUACUCGCUGCAAUACUUCCUAAACUCAUCAGCGCUCAUCCUAAACGAAGAAUCCUAAACUUUGACAUAUUGUCACUUCAAAUGCAGACUUCAAAUGUUGACAUGCUGUAACCUUUGAGCAGAAAAAAGCCAAUAGGAAUGCAGGCCACAUAUUAGAACUGACAUGAACCUGCUUAUGACCCAUGUGCACAACAAAUGCUGUAACAAAAUAAAAUCAGCUAAACUCACCUCUCCUCCUCAAAAUCAAAUGAUCAGCUGGUAUCUUCUCAUGAAAAAGUAGCAUCGUUUUCUGUGCUGGACAGUCCAGCACAGAAAACAUUUUAUUCCAAUUUAUUUCUGUUUUCCUUUCGUACUUUAAAAUGUGUAAAUGUACUUUGUCAUAAUGGUGCUAUCCAGCUGCUCCUCUGUUUUCUGAGGGCUCAGGAAAUGUUGAAAAGUCACGUUAUGUAUGCUUGAACAGUAUACUUGAAUUUUGAGGAAGAAACAACCUGUGCUGUGUGCAAAUUUAAAAUAAAGAUUAAAGUUAUAAAGCAA